AUGUCUGAAAAGAAUCAUCCUUCAUAUCAUGAAAAUGAUCAUGCUGAGAAACAAAAUGGCAUAUAUUGCAGUCUUGUUAAUUUGGUUACUUUUAUUGCAGUUUGUGUCAUCCUUAUCGUUACAGUUGGCCUGAUUACAGGAUUAAUAAGUCAUCGAAUUAUAGUCAAAUCAACACCUAUAUCCUCUACCGUUAGGCAUACAACUCCUACCAUGAUACCUACAACACUAACAGGACCUAAAUAUAGUCAGUUAAGUAAUCCACGCUUACCAAAUACCGUUCGACCGUUGAAUUAUACAUUCCAACUUGAUCUCGAUAUGAAUCAAUUCAAGAUUAAUGGUAUUAAUGUCAUUGAAAUUAAUGUUACGUCUACGACGAAUAUCAUUCUUGUCCAUGCUGAUGGGCUAACCAUGUUGGCAGCGCCACAAGUGGCUAACCAUGCUAAUUUCAACACAAAUUCUACAAAUUUUGUAGUCGCUGAUCAUGGCACUUAUGCCAAGAAUAGUUAUUACUACGUGGUAUUACGAGAGAAUUUAGCUAUUGGAGUAUAUUAUAUCAAGUUUAAUUAUGUUGCAGCUAUAUCUUCCGGUCUUUUUGGACUUUACAAAUAUCAGUAUACAAGAGCUUUCGAUCAUGAAGUCAUCUGGGGUAUAGCUAGCCAACUUGAGGCCUCCUAUGCAAGGCAAGUUUUGCCAUGCUUUGAUGAACCAGCAUUAAAAGCAAGAUUUACUGCAACUAUCAUUAUACCCAAUAAUUAUACAACACGAUGGAAUAUGCCUCUACUGAAGAAGGAAGCUAUGGCUAACAAUAAGAAUCGCUACCAGUUUGGCACAACACUGGUUAUGUCGACAUAUUUGCUGGCAUUUACCGUUGACAAUUUUGACUUUGUAGAAGGCAGAACUGCACGUAAUACUCGAAUUAGGGUAUAUGCUCGCGAAUCGGUCAAAAACGAUACUUACUUCGCCUUAGGAGUUGCCACAAAUAUGACGGAAUUCUUUGAAAAUUUACUAGCUAUUCCAUACCCUUUGCCUAAACAAGGUGCUGGAUUAUCCUAA